AUGGCCAACGAUCUUAAAACAAGAAGCGCUGCCCUGGUGAUCCUGGAGGGAUCAACAUUGGUCAUUUUAAAUAUCCUUUCACUUACUGGAAAUAUCCUUGUGUGUCUGUCUGUUUACAGAAAUCCUCGCCUGCGUACAUCCACUAAUCUCUACAUCAUAGCUUUGGCUGUAAGCGAUCUUCUUUCGGCAUUGUUUGUUAUGCCACUCGCGGAAGUCAUCCUUUUUCAAGGAAGGUUGCCAUUUGGUGAAAGCAUAUGCCAGUUUCACGCUUUCAUUAGCCUCUUUGUCAUUUAUGUUUCUCCAGCGACUAUGAGUUUGACUGCCAUCAACAGAUACUUUCGUAUAUGCCGAUCUUCUGCGAACUACAAUUGUAUAUUUUCGCCCAAAAAAUCUCGUUUCUGUCUGGCUUUUGUGUGGAUUUUUGUGGCAUUUUAUAUUGGAAUUCCCCGCGUUGCAGAAUUUCAGGAAUUUGAGUUUGUACCAGGUUACGCACAAUGCUCGAUCAAGCACCUCAGUGAAACAGCGAAAAUCAUUCAUUACACAAUCGUUAUAACCCUAUUCCUUGCCCUGCCAUUGUUAGCUACAACAUUCUGUUACAGCAAAGUCCUUAAAACUAUUCGACAACAUAAGAUAGAAAUUUUUCCCUCGAUUCGUCAAAAUAGAAGGCAAGGUAACGAAACAAGGAUAUCUGUUCAAGAAAUCAAUCUAAGCUGGUCAUUAUUCAUUGUUGUUUUUGCAUUUAUGUUGUGUUGGAUUCCUUUAUGGGUAAUUGUUAUUUUAAGGCGUUUCUUUAUCAUUCACAUGCCAAGAAAUUUGGAGUUGUUAUGUAUGUUUUUUCUUUACAUUUCCAAUACGGUUAACCCUGUCAUAUAUGCUGGCAUGAAUUCAUCCUUCCGAAACGAGUUUCGUAGGAUCAUCACCUGUCGAUCAAGACGUGUUGUAAUAUCUUUGACGUCAGUGAAAAGAAACGCAGAAGGAAUGUUCGAGCUCAGUCGGAUCCCUUCAAACGUGAGACAAUAUUCCAGAAACGAAUCCCUUGAAAGAUCUGAAAAUGUGGAUCGCAUUGCUUCCUUGGAUUUUGAGACGCCUGAGAUUGACACUUGUAAUCUUCAAGGAGGAAGCAAGAACCUACACUUUUUGCAUAUUCCGACUAGAUAAGAAAUAUGAACGUCUCGCUUACUAAAAAAUAUGUUAGAAAUCUGACUUUAUCCGUUUGCUUUAAUAUCACAAUAUUUAUUUUAUUCAUCAGGUUGUAUUCCGCAAAAAUGGCAUAAUUUCUCCAGCUAGAAAAUUCAAAAGGCUCGUAGCUAGUGAACAUCUUAACUCCAAGUUCCUCGCUUUCACCUCUUUGAUCGGGAUAAAUUAACGGCAAUCAAAUUCAUAAGACAAUUUGACUGAGUUCAGCCACAAAACUCUACUAAGAUUUAAUGGAGUAAAGCAAAGUGAAACUCAUUUUCUACCGACUGCUCCAUCUUUUUUUUUUUUUUAAUUUAUUAGCUUUUUCCCUCUAAAUUUAAAACCCUUAUGAUCUGUACGCUACAUAUAUUAUGUCUUAAGGGAAUGCCUAUCGUUUUAAAAUGCGAAAGCACUUAGAGUAAAAAGCCCUUAUUUAAUCAUGUCAGUGAUUGCAGUCGGGAAACACCACAUUAAUUGAUAGAAUGUUCACAGGGUUUUAAUUUCUUCGGAACCUUUGUAAUGUUAAUGUAAUAAAUAAAAAAAAAAUACAGAAAAGCAUGCAAGAGGUAGAUAACAAUAUAUAGCUAGUCUUUUUAAUUUUCUAGUUCUCGGAAGAAAAUAUAGGUGACACGGUUUUGUUUUCUGGAUUGUAAUGUAAAGCCUGAGUGAGGGGAGAGACUGCAUAUAACGAUUGCAUGCUCACAAAAAGUGCAAAUUAAAAAAAAAAAAAGAAAAAAAAGAAAAGAAAGUUGGUGCCUGUUCUUUGCUGUAGAGGACGUCAUCCGCAGUUUACAUUGUGCUUGAUAACAGGAUUGUUUCUCGAACUAUUUGUCCUUGUAACCAGCUUUAUAAAGAUCCAAGUAAGUAUUUUCCGCUUUUGAUAGUAGCCUGAAUUCCAAGAAUAUUAUCACAGAAAUGCUCUUAAGUUGUUAAACGUUAUAUUUAUUAAGUCUAGCUAAGUCUAACUUCUUAUUAAAAUUGUCGACAAAACCGUUUAUUACAAAUAAUUUAAUAACUUCUUUGAAAAAAAAAACUUAAUUCAGUUAAUGUUGCAAAUGCCCCUUAUAUAAGUCGGAAUCAUUAACGAUGGGCCUUUUUAGUAAGUCUGUUCACGUUUUCAGGUGCGGCUGUCAGAAUUCCGAGAUAACGAUUACAUGUUCAGAUGAAAGCUUUUUACCAAGGAAGUGGUUGACAUCUGUAAAUUCUACUGACAAUAUGUAAUUAUUUAGGACGCGUUUUCUGAUUCGUUCCACCCUUAAACACUUUGUACUAUUAAUCCCAUCCUUAUUUUUGUUUCUUUACAGAAGAAAAAAAAAACAAACAAACAACCACUACAAAAUCACGAAAGAAAACACACAAAAAAGAAAGAAAGAAUACAAUGGUCCCUUGAGAAAUCAAAAAUUCAAGGGCGAUCGCCUUAGUACUUGCCGACACGACACUACAUAUAAGUAUGAUAUGGCUUAAAGACUGUGCAAUAAAACUCAUGCCAUGACCCUUUUGACAAAUGCGGUUUCAUAGUCUAAAAAAUGACUAUAUUAAACAUCGAUGCAUCAUGGCAGCAAAUAUAUAAAUAUACAGACCAUCAGUUUGCAUUUUUACGAAGAAAACACAGCAGCAAGGUGAGUUCUAAAACUGCUCUCUUAAUUCUUCCUUCCUUUCUUUAUCUUACUUUUGUUUUAUUUUAAUUUCUGAAAUAGCCAGGGCAGCAGUGAUAAUCACACGGCAGACAUUCCACAAUAUGUUUUUAAAGUGCUUUUAAUUUUCAUUUGAUUUAUCCAGCUAGCUUUAGGCGAGUCAUUGAAUUUUACUUUUUUACAAAAUUAAUGGAUUGAAAGUUUUUUUUUUUUUUUUCUGAUUAAUUUUUCUGAUGUUUUCUUCUUAUAUUUUGUAACUUUUAAUCUCUGGCAUAAUAAGAAAAUAUAACGUCUAAUUUGCCUUUGGAGAGGUGAAAGAGCCGCACUAGAAAAGUUUUGGAGAGCAGACUACAGUUAUCAACGCAUUAAGAUGUAGCUAUUAAUAGAAUGUCCUAAACCUAUUUGCCAUUGAAUCCGACGAAACAGGUUUGAUGCGUGAUUCACUUGACUCUUUCCUCGCAAACUGAAUUGUGAGUUACGAUUUUGUACCAAAACAAAUGUUAUGGAGGCCACACAGGUUUGCUAGUCCGCACAGAAUGUAAUUAAAGUACCAUCCUGGUAAAGAAUUAAGUCGAAUCUUUGCACAUCUAUUUUUUAUUGGUGUGUGGGGGGGUGGCGUGUGCGUGUUCGUUGUAUCUACAAAUAAAAAAAAGAACACUCAGAAUUUGGGGGGCGUAUAGGGUGGGGGGGCGCGGGUUUUUUUGGCUUUUGGCUAUAAAGGGCUCCCCUCUUAAAAGAAAGUCUUUUUUUUUUUUUUUUUUCAGCCACAAAACUCUACUAAGAUUUAAUGGAGUAUAAGCAAAGUGAAACUCAUUUUCUACCGACUGCUCCAUCUUUUUUUCUUUUUUUUUGUUUAAUUUAUUAGCUUUUUCCCUCUAGAUUUAAAACCCUUAUGAUCUGUACGCUACAUAUAUUACAAUGUCUUAAGGGAAUGCCUAUCGUUUUAAAAUGCGAAAGCACUUAGAGUAAAAAGCCCUCAUUUAAUCAUGUCAGUGAUUGCAGUCGGGAAACACCACAUUAAUCGAUAGAAUGUUCACAGGGGUUUUAAUUUCUUCGGAACCUUUGUAAUGUUAAUGUAAUAAAUUGAAAAAAAAAAUACAGAAAAGCGUGCAAGAGGUAGAUAACAAUAUAUAGCUAGUAUUUUUAAUUUUCUAGUUCUCGGAAGAAAAUAUAGGUGACACAGUUUCGUUUUCUGGAUUGUAAUGUAAAGCCUGAGUGAGGGGAGAGACUGCAUAUAACGAUUGCAUGCUCACAAAAAGUGCAAAUUAAAAAAAAAGAAAGAAAGAAAAGAAAGUUGGUGGCUGUUCUUUGCUGUAGGGGACGUCAUCCGCCCAAAUAAAUAGCAAAAUAUUCUAUUUGACUAUAUUGAGUCCAGUAGGAUUUGUCAUUGGAAGUAAUUAAAAAGUCAAUAACUGUCAUAACAUGCAUUAUUACUUCUACUUAUCAUUCUGAAACUAAUAAGUUAACACUUGCAUGAAUUAGCUGAAAUUUCAAAGGAAGUAUAAUUCACGUUGCGUUUAUGUUAUUUGCGGAAAUGCUCUUUUGAAACCAAGUCAAUUAAAAGAUGUUCAAAUACGGCACAGUACACUCAUAACAGAACAAUAGAAGUUUGGCCCUGUUAGAAUAUCUCUAUGGUCGAUCCCUAUGUUUUUUUUUUUUAUUUCAUCCGCAGUUUACAUUGUGCUUGAUAACAGGAUUGUUUCUCGAACUAUUUAUCCUUGUAACCAGCUUUAUAAAGAUCCAGGUAAGUAUUUUCCGCUUUUGUUAGUAGCCUGAAUUCCAAGAAUAUUAUCACAGAAAUGCUCUUAAGUUGUUAAACGUUAUAUUUAUUAAGUCUAGCUAAGUCUAACUUUUUAUUAAAAUUGUCGACAAAACCGUUUAUUAAAAAUAAUUUAACAACUUCUUUGAAAAAAAACUUAAUUCAGUUAAUAUUGCAAAUGCCCCUUAUAUAAGUCGGAAUCAUUAACGAUGGGCCUUUUUAGUAAGUCUGUUCACGUUUUUAGGUGCGGCUGUCAGAAUUCCGAGAUAACGAUUACAUGUUCAGAUGAAAGCCUUUUACCAAGGAAGUGGUUGACAUGUGUAAAUUCUACUGAAAAUAUGUAAUUAUUUAGGACGCGUUUUCUGAUUCGUUCCACCCUUAAACACUUUGUACUAUUAAUCCCAUCCUUAUUUUUGUUUCUUUACAGAAGAAAAAAACAAACAAACAAACAACCACAACAAAAACACGAAAGAAAACACACAAAAAAGAAAGAAAGAAUACAAUGGUCGCUUGAGAAAUCAAAAAUUCAAGGGCGAUCGCCUUAGUACUUGCCGACACGACACUACAUAUAAGUAUGAUAUGGCUUAAAGACUGUGCAAUAAAACUCAUGCCAUGACCCUUUUGACAAGUGCGGUUUCAUAGUUUAAAAAAUGACUAUAUUAAACAUCGAUGUAUCAUGGCAGCAAAUAUAUAAAUAUACAGACCAUCAGUUUGCAUUUUUACGAAGAUAACACAGCAGCAAGGUGAGUUCUAAAACUGCUCUCUUAGUUCUUCCUUCCCUUCUUUAUUUUACUUUUGUUUUAUUUUAAUUUCUGAAAUAGCCAGGGCAGCAGCGAUAAUCACACGGCAGACAUUACACAAUAUGUUUGUAAAGUGCUUUUAAUUUUCAUUUGAUUUUUCCGCUAGCUUUAGGCGAGUCAUUAAAUUUUACUUUUUUCCAAAAUUAAUGGAUUGAAAGUUUUUCUUUUUUUUCUGGUUAAUUUUUCUGAUAUUUUCUUCUUAUAUUUUGUAACUUUUAAUCUCUGGCAUAAUAAGAAAAUAUAACGUCUAAUUUGCCUUUGGAGAGGUGAAAGAGCCGCACUAGAAAAGUUUGGAGAGCAGACUACAGUUAUCAACGCAGUAAGAUGUAGCUAUUAAGGUGUUUCGAUACAGUUUUUCAAAGGCCAUACCGAUAUUUUUCAAUCGCCUUAAAAGUAGUUUUUUCCUUGUCCGAUCGCUAUAAAAUUUUCACCAGUAAUUGGCUAUGGAUUGAAAUUUGUGAAAAUGUAGUUUUAAGUAAAAUCGAUAUUACUAUGACAACAAUAAACAAAAAACUUUGAAAUUGAUAAAAGCCGAAUUUUGUGUGAUCUAGACCUGCUACUGAAAAUCCAACACUAGGAACUUAAAGUUUGGUGUUUAGCAAACAAUCUCCGUAAGAAGUAAAAAAUUCUGUAUGUUUGAAUUCGAAUAAAACGAAAAUAUAUUUCAAACCUUAAAUUUUCAAUAGCCGUGAUAGGUUAUGCAAUAAAAACGUUAUAAAUGACUCAAAUUAUUCUUAAGUAGCGUAAGAAUGAUGCUUAAUAUCAUGUUUUGAUGCUAGGAAAUUUUGGUGUACUUUCGUUCAUGCGAUAUUGAAAUCUAACCUGUUUUCUCACCAUCUGUAUAAGUGCAACUUCAUUCAGAAUUUGGACUUUUAGCGCUUUCUUGUAUAUCUCCGAAACGACUCGAACGAAUUUUUUCAAAAUCUCUUCACAUAAUCUUCAUAAUGUAUAUAAAAAUGUCCGAAACUUUCAUUAAGAUUGAUUCACUGUAACACCUUGAAAUUUCAAGACAAACCUAUCCGACGAACCGGUCAAAAAUCUGCGCUCCAACAUUCACUGUUUUGACGUUAUGGUAAUUUUUCCAAAUUAAUGCGGACAAUACAUAUAUCCAUGACUAGUACAUUUCAGUGUGAGUAUUGCCAAUAUUUUACAUUCAAAAGAUGCGAUAAAUUCAAACUAAGAUGUACUAGUCAUGGAGGUAUGUAUAGUGCGCAUUAUUCUGGAAAAAUUAGCAUAACGUCAAAACAGUGAAUGUUGUAACGCAGAUUUUUGACCGGUUGGUAGGACAGGUUUGUCUUGAAAUUUCAAGGUGUUGCAGUGAAUCAAUCUUAAUGAGACUUUCGGACAUCUUUAUAUACAUUAUGAAGAUUAUGUGAAUAGAUUUGAAAAAAAUUCGUUCGAGUCGUUUCGGAGAUAUACAAGAAAGCGCUAAAAGUCCAAAUUCUGAAUGAAGUUGCACUUAUACAGAUGGUGAGAAAAUGGGUUAGUUUUCAAGAUCGCAUGAACGAAAGUACACCAAAAUUUCCUAGUAUCAAAACAUGAUAUUAAGCAUCAAUCGUACGCUACUUAAGAAUAAUUUGAGUCAUUUAUAACGUUUUUAUUACAUAACCUAUCACGGCUAUUGAAAAUUUAAGGUUUGAAAUAUAUUUUCGUUUUAUUCGAAUUCAAACAUACAGAAUUUUUUACUUCUUACGGAGAUUGUUUGCUAAACACCAAACUUUAAGUCCCUAGUGUUGGACUUUCAGUAGCAGGUCUAGAUCACACAAAAUUCGGCUUUUAUCAAUUUCAAAGUUUUUUGUUUACUGUUGUCAUAGUAAUAUCGAUUUUACUUAAAACUACAUUUUCACAAAUUUCAAUCCAUAGCCAAUUACUGGUGAAAAUUUUAUAGCGAUCGGACAAGGUAAAAACUACUUUUAAGGCGAUUGAAAAAUAUCGGUAUGGCCUCUGAGAAACUGUAUCGAAACACCUUAAUAGAAUGUCCUAAACCUAUUUGCCAAUGAAUCCGACGAAACAGGUUUGAUGCGUGAUUCACUUGACUCUUUCCUCGCAAACUGAAUUGUGAGUUACGAUUUUGUACCAAAACAAAUGUUAUGGAGGCCACACAGGUUUGCUAGUCCGCACAGAAUGUAAUUAAAGUACCAUCCUGGUAAAGAAUUAAGUCGAAUCUUUGCACAUCUAUUUUUUACAUUAAAUUACAAACUCUCCAGUUGAGACUGGUUUCUAUUCAUUUUAAUAAUAAUAAAAAAUAUAUAUAUUGCCGAAUAAAUGUUUCCCCGAAAGGCAAAUCUUGAGGUCUUCUUAUGAGUUAACGUAUAAUUAGAGUCAGGUGACAUGUCGCGUGAUAACAAACUGAUUGCAGAUGAAGAGAAAGUGGUCAGUUGAUUAUGAUAUUCUUUUUUAUGGUUACUUGAAUAAUUUACACUGAGGAUCAAAUUCAAAUGGACAGCCUUUCCAAACGAGAAUCGCUAGAAUAUCGCCCUGUCAGCAGAGUCUUUCUUUCGCUUGCUCGGUUUUGGCGUCAUCGAGAAACAACACUCUGCAUGAAUCGAGUAAGAUGUUUGUUGAGCAUGCGCGGCAUGUUGCUAGUGAUAGAACCCAGUCCUUAUACCCGUGUUCUUUCUACAGCGGGCUCGGUUAUGAUCAUCGGUUUAUCAAUAAAGAAGAUGCUCGCACUCGGAAAAAAAUAAAACAGUUUGAGGGUAGAAAACAAGAUUGACUAGUCCAGAAGUUUGUGCAGCGGAGACCUCAAAGGUUUAACGUGAUUCAGGCAGAGCCUCUUUUUCUCUUUCUCAAUCAGCAAGGCUCAGCUCAGAGGGUGUUAAAAUAAUAAUAAAAAAUCACCAAAAAAGAUGUUUUUCUGUUUGUUUCUUUUUUUUCUUUUUUUUUCCAACAAAUCUCUACAUUAGUUUCGCCUUAGGCCUAAUAAUAAGUUUUCUCAUCAGUAUGCAGGUAGAGUCUCUUGAUUCCAGAGCAUCUGCAAUUGUAUUCAUUGAAGUCGUCAUUUGUCUGGUCAUAAACAUCACAUCACUUGUGGGAAACAUAUUGGUGUGUUUGUCGGUAUACAGAAACAGCCGCCUUCGGACUAGCACUAACCUGUACAUCAUAGGACUUGCUAUUGCCGAUCUCCUGUCUGCAGUUAUUGCCAUGCCCUUUACGACUAUUGUUCUCAUCUCUGGUGAUUGGAUUCUUGGGCCUUUUCUCUGCGAUCUACACGCUUUUGUGAUGAAUUUUGUUCUUUUCGUGUCCCCGACUACUAUGGCUCUCACGGCGUUUAACAGAUACAUAAGAAUUGUGAAACCAGGAAAACAAAUGACCGUCUUAUCCAAGCGACGAUCUGUAAUGAUGUUAGGGAGCGCAUGGGCCUUUGUCGCGUUUUACGUUGCCAUUCCAAAGCUUUCAGGUUUACAAGAUUAUGGCUUCGUUCCUGGCUAUGCCCUAUGUCACGUGUUUCAUCUGAGUGUCAGUGGCUCUCUCGUACACUAUAUUGCAGUAAUUACUUUGUUUUUGAUAACGCCAUUUACUGUUGCAAUCGUAUGCUACUUCAAGGUCUCCAAAGCGAUUCGCCAACACAACCUAGAUAUUGCUCCAGGCCUCCAAUUGAGAAGGUCGCGGUAUCACAUUACAAUACAUGAGAUAAAAAUCAGUAAAUCUCUGUUUGUCGUAGUACUCGCGUUUAUAUUGUGUUGGAUACCCGCAUGGGUCGUUGCUAUAGUUAUCCGAUUUCGUCUUUUAGAAGCUAUUCCUCGGGGUGUACAACUGUUCUGCUCUCUCUCCAUCUACACCUCUAGUGCGGUUAAUCCCUUUAUAUACUCUGGUAUGAAUCGUUCCUUCAGACAGGAAUUUAAGAAGAUUUUGAAGUGCAGAAGUGUUGUCACACCAGCCUGA